CUCGCUCGACUACCACCACAGUCAUAAUCAUCUCUCACUGUCGACGAUGGCAGAUCCGCCGCCCAAGAAGAUAGGCUCUCUGCGCGACCGCAUCGCUGCGUUUGAGAACAAGGGCUCCGUGCCCGCACCUGCGCCUGCGCCGGCCCCGCGCCCGAAGCCGAGCGGGCGUACCUCCUGGAAGCCGCGCCCGGCGUCGCCGCAGGCCGCCCCAAGCGAUGAUGAUGCCGAGAAGGAGAAGGAGAAGGAGAAGGAGAAGGAGAAGGAGAAGGAGAAGGAGAAGGAGAAGAAGGCCGGGGCGAUGAGCGUUGCGGACGCCAAGGCAAGCAUCGGCGUGGGCGGGAGUCUCAGGGAGCGUAUGGCUGCGCUGCAGGGACGAGGAGGCUUCGGCGCGCCUCCGCCCGUCGCCCCCAAGCCGCAGCUCGACAAACCCAAGUGGAAGCCCCCGCCUAUCGUGUCUCCGCCCGCGGAUGAGAGCGAGGGCGAGGGUAAGGAGCCUACACCGCGCGCAUUCUCACCGCCCGUGUUGUCACCGCCUGCGGGCGACGCGUCAAAGCCAUCCGAGGACCAACCUGCUGUUGCUGGGGGAGAGGAAGCGAAGGAAGAAGAGGCGAAGGAAGAGGACCCCGAAGAGGAGGAGCGUCAGCGCAGAGCUGCUAUUGCUGCUCGCAUGGCUCGCCUCGGAGGCGCAAGAGUCGGCAUGGGUCCGCCCAUCGUUGGACGUAAGCCGGACGUGCCCAAGAAGCCUACAGCAUCAAAGCCUGAGGAGUCCAAGGAAGGAGUCAAGGUUGAGCAGGUCCCCGAAGCCGAUAUUUCGCAGACUCUUGGAUCUCCCGAAGGUGCGUCUCGAUCUGCGCUUGUGGUGGCCGUGUUAUUGACUAUGGUUUGUAGUGCCGAGAGAGAAGGCUCCUCAGAGCCCUCCGCUAGCAGUAUCUGAAGACGCGCCGUCAGAGAAGACCAAGGAAGGUACGA